UCUUUACUCCCUUACAGAAUUAAAAUUCAUUUAAAACCAUUUCAUUUGUGGAUUACAUAACUUAUUCAAAAUUGCUCAUUUAAAUUUCCAGUUUGAUGUGUCUUUUAGCUUAUUUCAUAACCUGACUUUAGUGUGACCUGUAAAGGCCUGGAAAAUCAUAUAAAGCAAAAACAAUAUGCAGGUUAGAAGAAUUAAGAUAGUUUAUAAUUAAAAUUAAGUUAAAAUUACAUCAAUUUAAAAGGACCUUGGAGUUUAUAAAUAAAUUAAUUUUUGAUCUUUAUUCAUCAGAUUUGGCUAUAAAAUGAAACUGCAGUUCUUUGAAGGUGCAGCUUGCUGGAAUUAGAUGCUACAUAUAUUUUGAACACACACACUUAUUUUAAUAUUUUAUUUUUAGACAACGUAUUCAAAGUACUUGAGAAAAAUAUGCAAUGACAUUUUUUCCUUGUCCUAAUCAGGACCAUGGUGAGGUCCCCGUGGUUCACCGAGUGGUGGUCCAGGGCUCUGGUUGGGACGCUGAGUUAGGUUGGCAAAGCGUCAUUGUUUUGAAAGGCACAUUCGUCCGGGAUGGCAUUCGUGAUAAGAUUAAGCAUAAACCUAAACCUUGGCCUCGGGGGAAGGCAGGCUGCGGGGUUGAGAAGAGGAGAUGCAGAUUAGCUCUGCUUUUGCUGCUUGCGCACAUAAUUAAGAGGCGGUCCCUCAGCUGGAGCGUGGGCUGUGUCCGGCCUAAGGUGCUUAUUUUCCUGUUACUUGGCCAACCGAGUGUGAGUGAACAGGAGCCCGAGAGCUUAAAUGUGGGAUCUAGGGGCGCAUUCUGGGGUCUCUGCGCAAGACCAGCUCUCAGCUCUCUCUUCUUUCCUCGGACUCUGGAGCGGGAGCGGGCCUUUCCCUCGGGCCGACCACACCGUAGGGGACGCCGUGAAAAGAGCCGUCGCGCCCGCUGCCUCCUGCCCGCUGCGCAGAGGGCUCCACCCGUAGAGGUCAACUUCCCUCACCCUGUCCUCUCUCCUGCUUGCCCUCCCUCCGCCCGGCCCAGGCGCUUCCAGCCCCAGACUCUGGCCACUGGCUGAGGAGUGCGAGUCGGCUGCGCUGCCCUGAGCCGAAUCCCCCUUCCGGGCCCAGACCCGAGGUCCGCGCUCCUGGGCAGUGGGGAAGCUUUAGUGAGCAGGCUUGUCUCUCCGCAGCAAACUCGUAGCCAGACCAGAUGGGCCGCCUGGCUCUCUCGGGACUAGGCAGGUGCGGUUGAGUUAAUUUUCCGCAUUACAAAGAAAGAUGACCCAGCCCGCCCUUGGACUCUCUUUUCCCAAAAUCUCCCAACCAAACCCGCGGUAACGUUAUCAGACGACACAGAGACCAGGCAUAUCUUUGUGUUUAUCUUACAGGCACACACGCAUGGUUUUCUCUUUUAUAUGCUAGAUUUCAUCCCUGACAGCAGAAAAUGAUUGGCAAUGGUUCUGACGGAGAACAUGCAAUAGCGUGGUCCUUAAAAACCUGCCAUUCCUUACAAGUGCCUUAGAAAGGAUUCAGGGCAAACCAACUGAGUUAAUUGCAUUCAGUAAAAUAACACGAUUACAAAAUUA